AUGGCGAAAAUCCAAGUUAGAAAUGCUAGAGAUACCUCUGUACUUGACGGACAUAGAAGAUCAGCGAGGAAAAGUGCUAAUAAAUUAAAAGAGAAAAUAAGAGAAACUGACGGCGAGAUCGAUAGAAACGAACUGAGACAACUACGAGAUGGAUUGAACGACAAAAUCGCAACAUUGAAAAUCCUUAAUGACGCGAUUAUCGAUAUGCUGAGCAAAAGUAAUGAGGAAAAUGCAGAAGAAGAAUUGGGAAAAGAAAUUGAAGUUACGGGCGAGAUACGUGCAGAAUUCAAGCAAGCAAUUAUGGAUGUGAGCGACAUCGUCAAGGAGUCUAAUGUCACAGUUGAAACGGCAACAACGGCAUUAAAUGGCACGCUAAACAGCAGUUUGAGUAGUGAGACGCGCAGAGUUAUAAGAGCAAAACUCCUAAAUGUGGAAGUAAAGAAAUUUAGCGGAGGGCUGCAAGAAUGGCAAGAGUUUUUGGAUUCGUUUGAUAGUGCAGAUUCAUUACCCGAGCCUGCAAGAUCGACAAUAUCGGGAUUUCCCCUAACUUCAGAGAACUAUCACGAAGCUGUAGGAUUGUUAAAACGAAGAUACGGGAAAAAGAACGUGAUCAAGAAAGCGCAUAUCCAGGAUUUAAUGAAUGUAAAACCCGUAACCGACGAAAGAGACAUCGACAAGUUUCGGCAGUUAUACGACACCUGCGAAACAAGCUACCGGAAUUUAAAGGCCUUAGGAGUGGACGAAGCCGUUUAUUCUUCAAUUCUAAUACCGGAAGUCAAUGCGAAGUAG